AUGCUGGUCGUGUUUACGGAACGCCCACCAAUCGUGGAGAUUGAUGGAGAGGGUCAGCCGCUCUCAAAAUGGGCAUCGGACUGCCUCUCCUCAGACGACGUGGGCAGCCUCAAGCACCCCACCAUGGACGCCCCUGCUGAAGCUGUGCUGCGUGUGGCAAAGCUUGCCAUCAUCUGCACCGCGGAGCGCACAGCAACACGCCCAAGCAUGGCACACAUUGCCAAUGAGCUGCAGGCCAUUCGGGAGGAGGUGGUGGGGAAAGAGGAGCUGAGCGCGGCUGUCAAGGUGGAUGCGCAGGUCCAGGAAAAGGAGGUUCUGGGAAGUGUGUUAAGCCUCGAUGAAGAGCUUCAAUUCAUUCAAGAUAAUUUGGCUGAAGGAUAA